GAAAAAUGGAAAGGUAAAAGAAACAAAGAAGUGAACUCCUCAACAAUUUGAAUUUUGAAAAGUAAACAACAACAACAACAAAAAAACAUUGCUUGUUGUUCAAUGUUCAUAGUUGUCCCAGAUUGUACGUUCUCCUUGUUCAUUGUAACAAACGGAUCAACCUCUGUUCUACUCAGUGAUCCCUCAAAACUCGAACCGAGAUCGCAUUCUGAUUCCAGAACAACAUCACCAUGAGCGUCAUCGACAUUCUCACCAGAGUUGAUUCCAUUGUUAACAAGUACGACAAAUACGACAUCGAUAAGCAAAAAGAUUCCAAUGUCUCCGGCGACGAUCCCUUCGCCAAACUCUACGCCGCCGUCGACGCCGACAUUGACGCCGCACUUCAGAAAGCAGAAACCGCUUCCAAUGGGAAAAAUAGGGCAUCAACUGUAGCGAUCAAUGCUGAGAUUCGUCGCACUAAGGCUAGGUUGCUGGAUGAGGUGCCCAAAUUGCAGAGGUUGGCUGUAAAAAAGGUAAAAGGGCUUUCGUCACAAGAAUUUGCUGCCCGUAAUGAUUUAGUUCUUGCAUUGCCGGAGAGGAUCCAAGCGAUUCCAGAUGGGACCCCUGCUGCACCCAAACAAGCUGGAGGCUGGGCAGCUUCAGGCUCACGCCCUGAAAUUAAAUUUGAUUCGAAUGGGCGAUUUGAUGAUGAAUACUUCCAACAAACAGAAGAAUCAAGUCAAUUCAGGCAGGAGUAUGAAAUGCGUAAAAUGAAACAGGAUCAAGGUUUGGACGUGAUCGCAGAAGGAUUAGAUACAUUGAAAAACAUGGCACAUGAUAUGAAUGAGGAAUUUGAUAGACAAGUUCCACUGAUGGAUGAGAUUGAUACUAAGGUGGACAAGGCAUCAUCUGACCUUAAGAAUACCAAUGUUAGACUUAAACAUACAGUGACCCAGCUUCGAUCCAGUCGAAACUUCUGUAUCGAUAUUGUUUUGUUGAUUAUCAUUUUGGGAAUUGCUGCCUAUUUGUACAAUGUGUUGAAGAAAUGAUGCAGCAUGCAAGGUCUUUGUAUUUAUUCAUAUGGCUCAUAUGUAUUCCGUAUAUUUUCUUGAAAAUAUUGUAUCUGAUAAUUUUUUAAAAGAAUGUGAGAAUUUGCUGCUUGAGAGUGUUUGGAUCAGCAUUGCAGAAUAGUUUGUGGAUAUAAUUGAUUUUGGUAAAUUUGAUUAUGUUAAAAAUGAGGUGAUUUAUGUUUGGUACA